UCAGGGAAAGCCAGAACACAUCGCUCAGGUUGAUAUAUAACUACACAUCAGGUCAUUGCCAUUUUAUUUAAAAGAUACCGUGACCUAAGAUUACAGUGACCCGUGUUAUUAGGGUAGUGGCACCGUUAUAGAAGUAAUACCCCACUACACUGAUACAACUAUCCACCAAACAGGAGACCACUGCUAACGAAGAUAGCAGCAAGCCAUGAGGGGACUCUGUGUCGCAACACUUUUGCUGUUCUUUUCCUCCGCAGUGACAGCGGGAGGUUACGGACACGGCCAACGACACCACGGCAAUAUCUACGGACAUAAUAUCAUUAGAACAUUUCCAAGACACCAGCAGUACCUGGUUGGUAGACAAAGACCGCUUCAGCAUCAGUUUCGGUAUAUCGCCCAUCAGAGUCCCGUUGUACAUUCUAACGUCCAGUACCAGGGCAGAGGUGUGGUCUCUACUGGAUUAACGUCACCUUUCGUACACGGUAGAGCCCCUGGUACUAUAGGAACAUCUGGUGCUCUUCUGCAGCAUCCUUCACAGACAAUUCUACCGACACAUUCCGUAAUACAUCACAGUACACCGAGUGUUCUAAAUAAUAUAGGCUCUCCGGGAAUGACGUUCUUAACGGCAGGAACACAAGGAAUACCUGUUCAAAGUAGCACUCAUAUUGGAACACAGAGCGUAUCUUUUCAAGCUCCAAGUGGGGUUCCAGUGUCGCCUCAGGUCCCGGCCAUACAAACUACAAACGGACUUUUUCCAGCUGCGACACCGUUAUCCCCCAUCGGAAUUCAAACCGGAAGUCCACUAUUUCAAAAUAGCGCCAUUGGCUCACAGCCAACCUUCGGUGGUGUUUCAACCUCAGUAACCGGAAACACCCAAAACAAUGUAGGAAUGCGGGAUCUCGGAUUGAAUAUGCCCAUAACCUCAAAUUCUGGUUUCGACUCGGUGCCAUUGGCAUACGAACAAGAGCAGAACGGCCUCAAGAGUGGCGUUCCCGCCCUAGGGAUUCCAUUCGAUACAGAGGAGAAAGUUGGUAUUCCUAAAUUCGGAGGCUGGGCUCCUCCCAGUGUGAACGAUGUCGUUAUACGGGAAGACAAUACGCUUCCAAUAACAACACAACGCCGAUCUUUAGCUUCAAUACUGAGGAAUUUCCACAUGAAGUAACCCAAUUACACGAUGGGAGGAAGGAUUCGUCAUCUGUGCUAUUGAACAAAACAUUGUAGACCUAAUUACUAUAUGGAUGGGAAUAUCUAAUUUUAGCUCUGAAAAAUUAUAUGUUGGAUGGGUUAUUUGAUUAUUACAUUUUGGAUGGGGUAUCUGAUUAUUACAUUUUGGAUGGGGUAUCUGAUUAUUACAUUUUGGAUGGGGAUAUCUUAUGAUUACACUUUGUAUUCGUAGUAAUAAGCUUGUUACACGGAAGAAGCAAGAAUCAAACAGUAACACUCUGAAAUUAAAAAAAUCUAUUAUUUUCAUGAUCGAAGAAAAUAUUAAUAUCCGAUAUUUUCAUGAAAGGGGAAGGAAUAAAUGAGUUAUUAUAUUUUUAUUACAUUUCGGGAAUGGUGGAUAUAACUACAUUUAGAAUGGAAGAAACGCAAAUUACUGUUUAAUUAGAGAGAUGUAAUUUCAUUAUGGAUUGAGGUAUCUGCUAGAUGCAAUAUGGAAGUAGUAAUAAGCUAAAUACACUUUGAUUGGAAACAUGUAAAUUCAUUAUGAUUGGAUGUACCUGGUUAUUACAUUACGGAAGUUGAAAUCAGCUUAUUAGCACAUUGGGAUGGAAGAAGCUACAGAUGUUCUACAACGGAAACGCAUCACAAAUAUUCAAAUAAAGAAUAAAGCUUUAAUUUUGUACUGAUUUGAAUUACAUAUUGUUUCAAAAUGUUUUUAUUUAUUCUUCUGCAAAAUUUUUUAUUUCUUAAAAGUGGAAUUUAGUAUAUAUAUUUCAGAAGAUAUGCAAUAGAUAAAGCGGAAGUACAGGUUUAUUAUAAGUCAGUCGUGUGAUACAGCAUUACGUUGGAAUAAGUGAAAUAAGAUGAAGUCCUCAACAGUCGGUGUCUUGAUUUUAAACCUGAUAUCACCUUUAACAAAAAAUGGGGAAAAAACCAAAAAAAAAAACCCAGAAAACUACAAUUGAGGAAACUUGACAGAGGGAUCCAUAACAUGGAGUUGACAAAGUCCUCUUGAAUAUUCAGGCCAGUCAGAUAUCAUAAAUA